CCAUCGCCUUGCUGCCUCCCAUCCCUACUUUUGGCGGCGGGGGGAGCCUGGGGGUGGAUCUGGGCUUGGCUCUCGCUUAUCUUGCGAGCAGUUUGGUUUCCUCCCGGCGCUCGGGCUCUUCCAUUGGCUCCUCUUGCUCUCCGUCGCUCCGCCGCUCGCAGCCGAUGUCCUGAGCCCGGCGCCGCUGUGCGGGGCGCUCCGGGGGACCCUGCCGGGCCCGGUGCCGAGCGGCGGAGCCCCGAGCCACCCAUGCCCCCGGGGGGAGCGCUCUGCCGGGGGGGCGCCGCCUGCCCCGCAAUGCUCUCGUCGCCCGGCGGCUGCGGCGGCGGGGACGGCGGCGGGAGCCGCAAGAGCGGGGUCAUCCUGGACAUCGCCUCCCUGAAGAUGACGGAGCUGGAGUCCGAGGUGCUGCCGCUGCCGCCCCGGUACCGCUUCCGCGAUCUGCUGCUGGGGGACCAGUCCUUCCAGAGCGACGACAGGGUGCAGGUCGAGUUCUACGUGAAUGAAAACACCUUCAAGGAGCGGCUGAAGCUCUUCUUCAUCAAAAACCAGCGAUCGAGCCUGAGGAUCCGGCUCUUCAACUUCUCCCUGAAGCUGCUGACGUGCCUGCUGUACAUCGUGCGCGUGCUGCUGGACAACCCCGAGGAGGGCAUCGGCUGCUGGGAAUGUGAGAAGCAGAAUUACACAGCCUUCAACCAGUCCACCAACAUCAACUGGUCCCACAUCUUUUGGGUGGACAGGAAAACCCCUCUGUGGGCCGUGCAGGUCAGCAUCGCCCUCAUCAGCUUCCUGGAGACCAUGCUGCUCACCUAUCUCAGCUACAAGGGGAACAUCUGGGAGCAGAUUUUUCGCAUUUCCUUCAUUCUGGAGAUGAUCAACACGGUGCCAUUCAUCAUCACGAUAUUCUGGCCUCCUUUGCGGAAUUUGUUCAUUCCUGUGUUUCUGAACUGCUGGCUGGCCAAGUACGCCCUGGAGAACAUGAUUAACGAUCUGCACCGAGCCAUCCAAAGGACACAGUCAGCCAUGUUCAACCAGGUGCUCAUCCUCAUCUGCACCCUCCUGUGUCUCGUUUUCACGGGGACCUGCGGCAUCCAGCACUUGGAAAGAGCAGGUGAGAAGCUCUCCCUCUUCAAGUCCUUCUAUUUCUGCAUCGUCACCUUUUCCACCGUGGGCUACGGAGACGUGACACCAAAGAUUUGGCCUUCCCAGCUGCUCGUGGUGAUCAUGAUCUGCGUGGCCCUGGUGGUGCUGCCUCUCCAGUUCGAGGAGCUGGUGUACCUGUGGAUGGAGCGGCAGAAGUCGGGGGGCAACUACAGCCGGCACCGCGCGCAGACCGAGAAGCACGUGGUGCUGUGCGUCAGCUCCCUCAAGAUCGACCUCCUCAUGGACUUCCUCAACGAGUUCUACGCCCACCCUCGCCUGCAGGAUUACUACGUGGUGAUCCUGUGCCCCACGGAGAUGGACAUCCAGGUGCGGCGCGUGCUGCAGAUCCCCCUGUGGUCCCAGAGGGUCAUCUACCUCCAGGGCUCUGCCCUCAAGGACCAGGACCUGAUGAGAGCCAAGAUGGACAAUGGAGAAGCUUGCUUCAUCCUCAGCAGCCGGAACGAGGUGGACAGAACAGCAGCUGACCACCAGACCAUCCUGAGGGCCUGGGCUGUCAAAGACUUUGCUCCAAACUGUCCUCUCUAUGUUCAGAUCUUAAAGCCAGAAAAUAAAUUCCAUGUCAAGUUUGCAGAUCACGUUGUGUGUGAGGAGGAGUGCAAAUACGCCAUGCUGGCCCUGAACUGUGUCUGCCCUGCCACCUCCACCCUCAUCACGCUGCUGGUGCACACCUCCCGUGGCCAGGAGGGCCAGGAGUCUCCGGAGCAGUGGCAGAGGAUGUACGGGCGCUGCUCGGGCAAUGAGGUCUAUCACAUCCGCAUGGGGGACAGCAAGUUCUUCAUGGAGUACGAGGGCAAGAGCUUCACCUACGCCGCCUUCCACGCGCACAAGAAGUACGGUGUCUGCCUGAUCGGGAUCCGCAGGGAAGAGAACAAGAGCAUCCUGCUGAACCCCGGCCCCAGGCACAUCAUGGCAGCCUCGGACACCUGCUUCUACAUCAACAUCACCAAGGAGGAGAACUCUGCCUUCAUCUUCAAGCAGGAGGAGAAGCAGAAGAAGAAGGGCUUUGCGGGCAGCUACGACGGCCCCUCCCGGCUGCCCGUGCACAGCAUCAUCGCCAGCAUGGGUACAGUGGCCAUGGACCUGCAGAACACCGAGUGCCGCCCUGCCAACAGCAGCAAGCUGGCCCUGCCCGCCGAGAACGGCUCGGGCACGCGGCGGCCCAGCAUCGCCCCGGUGCUGGAGCUGGCUGACACCUCCUCCCUGCUGCCCUGCGACCUCCUCAGCGACCAGUCCGAGGACGAGAUGACGCAGUCGGACGAGGAGGGGUCAGCAGUGCUCGAGUACGUGAAGGGCUACCCCCCAAACUCGCCCUACAUCGGGAGCUCCCCGACCCUGUGCCACCUGCUGCCCGAGAAAGCCCCGUUCUGCUGCCUGAGGCUGGACAAGGGCUGCAAACACAACAGCUUUGAGGACGCCAAGGCCUACGGCUUCAAGAACAAGCUGAUCAUCGUUUCUGCAGAGACAGCGGGCAACGGCCUCUACAACUUCAUCGUCCCGCUGCGCGCCUACUACCGCUCCCGCAAGGAGCUCAACCCCAUCGUGCUGCUGCUGGACAACAAGCCUGAGCACCACUUUCUGGAGGCCAUCUGCUGUUUCCCCAUGGUUUACUACAUGGAGGGCACCAUUGACAACCUGGACAGUUUGCUGCAGUGUGGCAUCAUCUACGCUGACAACUUGGUGGUGGUGGACAAGGAGAGCACCAUGAGUGCUGAGGAGGACUACAUGGCAGAUGCCAAGACCAUUGUCAACGUCCAGACCAUGUUCAGGCUCUUCCCCAGCCUCAGCAUUAUCACGGAGCUGACCCACCCCUCCAACAUGAGGUUCAUGCAGUUCAGAGCAAAGGACAGUUACUCUCUGGCCCUUUCCAAGCUAGAAAAGAGAGAGCGAGAGAACGGCUCCAACCUGGCCUUCAUGUUCCGGCUGCCCUUCGCUGCCGGGAGAGUCUUCAGCAUCAGCAUGCUGGACACGCUGCUCUACCAGUCAUUUGUGAAGGAUUACAUGAUCACCAUCACUCGGCUGCUGCUGGGCCUCGACACCACGCCGGGCUCCGGGUACCUCUGUGCGAUGAAGAUCACUGAGGAUGACCUGUGGAUCCGGACGUACGGGCGCCUCUUCCAGAAGCUCUGCUCCUCCAGUGCCGAGAUCCCCAUCGGCAUCUACCGGACGGAGUCGCACAUGUUCGCCACCUCCGAGCCCCACGACAUCCGAGCGCAGUCACAGAUCUCAAUCAAUGUUGAGGACUGCGAGGACACCAAGGACGUCAAGGAGCACUGGGGCAUCAAGACGAGCCACCACCGCAACUCGUGCUCCAGCGACCAGUCGGAGCACCCGCUGCUGCGGCGCAAGAGCAUGCAGUGGGCGCGGCGGCUCAGCAGGAAGGGCAACAAGCACUCCAGCAAGACGGCCGAGUGGAUCAGCCAGCAGCGCCUCAGCCUGUACCGCCGCUCCGAGCGCCAGGAGCUCUCCGAGCUCGUCAAGAACCGCAUGAAGCACCUGGGCCUGCCCACCACCGGGUACGAGGAUGUAGCAAAUUUAACAGCCAGUGAUGUGAUGAAUCGGGUAAACCUGGGAUAUUUGCAAGAUGAGAUGAACGACCACCAGAACACCUUGUCCUACGUCCUGAUCAAUCCCCCCCCGGACACGCGGCUGGAGCUCAACGACAUCGUGUACCUGAUCCGCUCCGACCCUCUGGCCCACGUGGCCAACGACGGCCACAGCCGCAAGAGCAGCUGCAGCAACAAGCUGGGCUCGGGCAACCCCGAGACGCGCGACGAGACCCAGCUGUGAGCGCUGCCAGGGCGGGCAAGGACAGCCCGGCCGUGCCCGCGGGAGGAUGCCCAGCCUGGCAUGGAUGCCGUGCCCACGGGACGAUGCCCGGAGCCCCGGCACGGCCGGACGCAGCCGGUGGCCGUGUGUGCCCCCGGGGAUUUUAACUUUUCUACCGAUACCGCAACUAGUGAGACAGCGUUCGCUGGUGCUGGUGGGACAGGGCUGAGCCCAGAUGCCAAUGGGAGCAGGGCUGGCCUUGGUGUCAGCCUGGAGGGUGCAGGUUGGUAAAGACAGAGGAAAACUGCACCGAAACCCUGCUCCUCUUCCUCCUCCUCCUUCUCCAGGUGUCCCCCGGGGUGCCCAAACUCUGUCGCUCACGUUCUUCAUCCUUGGCGGGGUUUCUGUUCUGGGCACUGGGUGAGGACUCUGGUGGCCGUGGUACAGCCGGGAUGGAGGGGACAGGGCACGGCAGGGCCCCCACGCCUUGGGACACCUCACAAACCAGGACAUGCCAGGGCAUUGAGAGCGCGGCCGGCUCUGUGACAGAGCCUUGGGGCACCUCACAAACCCUGGGCACACCAAGCAGGGCCAGCUCUGUGACAGAGCCUUGGGGCACCUCACAAACCAGGGCACCAAAAGCAGGGCCAGCUCUGUGGCAGAGCCUUGGGGCACCUCACAAACCAGGGCACCAAAAGCAGGGCCAGCUCUGUGGCAGCGCCCUGGAGCCCCUGGGUUUGUGUCCUGCUGGGGCUGAGCUGCCCAGGGGAUCGGGGAUGCUGGGCUGGCUGGGCUGUGGAGGUUUGGUGGCUCCAUUCACCCUGUGUGUCCUGGCCGUGUCCUGCUGUCCCUCCCCUCCCCGUGGUCACAGCUGGUGGCACCGUGAUGGCAGCGGGUUCUGCCUGUCCCCACAGCCGCCCCUGGCAGCUCCAGCCCCCCUGCUCGGCUCUGUCCCCCCUGUCCCCGUGGCUUCCCCUGCAGCAGAGGUGCAUGAACGUCCCCCCCGACCUGCCGGGACCUGGCACCGCCACAAACACCAGAUGUGUUUCCAUCCUGCUUUUGCACAUUCUGCAAUGAUGUGGAAAGGGUUUAUUUGACUGCCAAGUGAAUAACUGAGUUGUUGACUUUCUAUACUUUCAUGUUCAUAUCUUACAAUUCCAAUGUGAUUUUUUUUUCUUUUUUUUUUAGCAAGGAGCUUGUAAAGCACAACAUGGCCAUGAAAUCCCAUCAGCUUCCUGCACUCACUGAAUGGUUUAUUGCCAUUACCAUUCACUGUUUGCUCCCCAAUGCACCCCCAAUCAAUGUUUACAAAGAAAACAAGCCAAAACCUGAUUUAAGUGAGUUUUAAACAGCUGGAGAGAUGCCCCAGCCUGUGGGGAUGUGCUGCCCAUCCUGCCCAUGGCCCUGAGGGAGGGCAGAGAUGCCCAGGGCAGGACCAGUGCCAAGGCUGGUAUCACCUCGAGAAGGUUGAGAGGGACCUGCUGUGCCUGGAUGAGGUUUGGGGUCCAGAUUUUAUUUUUUUUUUAUUGUUGUUUUUUCCUGAAGUGCCAGGCAGGAGCCCCUGAGUGGUGGCACAUGCCAGGCUUGGUGAGGUACCACAGGUAAAAGCAAAGAGUGCAUUCCUCCCACCCUGCUGAGCUGUGGGCACAAACAGAACUGCCUUUAAAGCUUUUUUGGGUUGUUUUGAUGGAUUUUUAAUGAUUCGUUUUGGAUCUGUUUGGUUUAGGCAGGCACAAUGUUUUAUUUAUUUCUGUUUGUAGCUUCACAUGCCAAAUCUGUCAUUUAAAAGUGGCAAAAAGAAAUUAUAGGCUAAAAAGUGGGUGUGGUUGAAGUACAAAAGGACACGUGGGCUCUGUGUAACUUAAAGCCUCAGGAUGCUCAGAUCAUGGAGUGUGAAUGUAUUUAAUUUUCUGAAUUUAAUAUGGAUCAUUUUCCAAACCCCACUUUGCUUUCAAGGGAGAGUGGAACAAAGCAGUAUUACAGGUUAGAAAAAACCAAACCAGCAAACAAAAAAAAACCCAGCCCAAAUUAGACAAAAGGUGUGAUUAUUUGAAUAUAUUUACUGAGAACAUUUUUAUGAUUUUUUGUUUGUUUGGCUGUGAGCUGUGUGUGAGAGCACAGGGAAGCGAGCGCAGCUCCUCAGCUCAACCCUCCCAUGGCAAGAAAAUUAAUUUUUUUUUAAAAACCCUUAAUUUAUUUAAAUUAAAAAUUUAAAUUUAAAUAUUCCAGCCCCAGCCCUGAGCAGCCAGGUCAGCCUUGUGGCCAAAUCCAGGGUCUGUGCUCCAGAGGCUCCACCGGCCGUGGUGCUGGGUCCCUCCUUGCUCAGCGGGCACACACAGCUCCUUCCUGCCCUCAACCCGGGCAGAAAUCAAUCCCAGGAGGAAACUCGUGCCAAAAGGACUGAGGCCUCUGUGUGCUCUGUGAUAUGAUCAGAGUGCCCUGGAUAUUCCUGUAUUUUGACAACGCUUCUGUUUGUUCAGUGUACAAAUCCCUGCCUUUGAAGCAGAAGCUCCGUGUACAAAGCCUCGGGUUCCUCCUCUGGUGUAAAUUUCCAGCCGACCUUCCCGUGGGAUGGGGAAAAAACCCUGUAAAUACUCACCUGUGGCCAAUGCAAGUCUGAGAACCAAGGGUUCAUUUUUCUAAUUCCUUAGCCUCAGUUACAAUACUAAUGUAAAAAAACAAAAGCAGUUUAUUUUUCUAACGGUCCUGGAAACGUUGAUGCAGCGACAAAGAGUCGCUCCUGCCGCUGAAAGGGCCCACAAGGAGCUUCCAUGGGAGCAGGAGAAUGGCUGCUGCUUCCAGCCAUGGAAAAAUCCCAUUUUCUGCAGGAAAUAGUUGUGUUCCAAUGCAGGGACCUGGCAGGCCCUGGGGGAUGCAGGAACGAGGACAGCUGGGAUGUUCCGUGCCCACUGACGGUUUGGUAUGGACUAAACCCACAUAUCCCGCAUUAAACUCAACUACUCCAACCAAUGUUAUCAGCAUAUUUAUUUCCUGUUAUCCCCCUUUUUAUUUAACCUCUAUAGAACAGGACAGUUUUAUUCCAAGCUCAGCUCCUGCAUGGAUUUUCAUCAGCAGCAGCGACGGCCGUGGUUCCGCUGCUCUGCUGGAUCAGCCAGCCAGGGGAGAGGGUUUUGUACAAUUCUUGUGAAGAUGCUUCACAUUUCUGUAAAGAUAAAUGACAAUAAAAGAGCUGCAUGCAGCAACAGGAGA